AUGCGGAACAGCUGGUUAAUUUCUCUUGCUGCUGCAGCAGUCGCCGAGGGCAAGGCAUACUCUCCUCCUGCUUACCCUGCUCCCUGGGCCAGCGGCGCCGGCGACUGGGCUGGCGCUCAUCAAAGGGCUGUCGAAUUCGUCUCGAAAUUGACCUUGGACGAAAAAGUCAACCUGACGACUGGUGUUGGAUGGCAGGGGGGACAAUGCGUUGGAAACACAGGAAGUAUUCCCCGUUUGGGGUUCCGCAGUCUCUGCAUGCAGGAUUCACCACUUGGUGUGAGAGACACUGAUUUUAAUACUGCCUUCCCUGCUGGUGUCAAUGUCGCCGCUACCUGGGAUCUCGAACUUGCCUACAUGCGCGGUGUAGCUAUGGCCCAGGAACACCGUGGGAAAGGUGUGGAUGUGCAACUCGGCCCAGUUGCAGGCCCGCUGGGAAGGGUACCGGAAGGUGGGCGUAACUGGGAAGGUUUCGCGCCAGACCCUGUGUUGACUGGUCAGAUGAUGGCCAGUACUAUUAAAGGAAUGCAGGAUACCGGUGUGAUUGCUUGCGCGAAGCACUAUAUUGGCAACGAACAAGAACACUUCCGUCAGGGCUCUCAAGGAAACUACACCGUUGCUGAUGCCAUCAGCUCCAACAUCGAUGACGCUACUUUGCACGAGUUGUACCUGUGGCCGUUUGCCGAUGCGGUCAGGGCAGGCGUCGGCUCCGUCAUGUGUUCUUACAAUCAAGUGAACAACAGUUAUGCUUGCGGCAAUAGCUAUACUUUGAACCACCUCCUCAAGGGUGAGCUCGACUUUCAAGGUUUUGUCAUGACUGAUUGGAGUGCUCAACACUCUGGUGUCGGCGAUGCUCUUGCCGGAGCUGACAUGGAUAUGCCUGGUGAUGUGGGUUUUAACAGCGGAACUGCUUUCUGGGGUACUAACUUGACGGUUGCCGUUCUCAAUGGUACUGUUCCCGAAUGGCGUAUUGACGACAUGGCUGUUCGUAUCAUGUCCGCUUACUACAAGGUUGGUCGCGACCGUACUCAGGUUCCCAUCAACUUUGCUAGCUGGACUUUGGAUACCUAUGGAAAUGAAUACUACUACGCUGGUGAGGGCUAUAAGGAAAUCAACCAGCACGUUGAUGUGCGUAGCGACCACUCUAAGGUCGUUCGUGCAAUCGGCAGUGCCAGCAUUGUACUCCUCAAGAAUGUUGGUGGCGCUCUUCCAUUGACUGGUAGAGAGAAGUUUGUUGCAGUAUUUGGUGAAGAUGCAGGCUCCAAUCCCGAUGGGGUCAAUGGCUGCCCUGACCGCGGUUGUGACCAAGGUACCUUGGCUAUGGGAUGGGGCAGUGGUACUGCCAACUUCCCUUAUUUGGUCACCCCUGAACAAGCUAUCCAAGCCGAAGUCUUGCAGAACGGUGGUACGUUUACUGCUAUUACCAACAGUGGAGCCAUUACCACGGCCAUGACCGUGGCCUCUCAAGCUUCUGUUUGCCUUGUGUUUGCUAAUGCAGACUCCGGAGAAGGAUACAUUACCGUGGACGGCAAUGCGGGGGACCGCAAGAACUUGACCCUGUGGCAGAACGGUGAAGCUAUGAUUUCAGCUGUCGCAGGAAACUGCAACAACACCGUGGUCGUCCUUCAUACUGUUGGGCCCGUCCUCGUUGAGGACUGGGUGAACCAUCCUAACAUUAGUGCUGUUUUAUGGGCGGGUUUGCCUGGAGAGCAGAGCGGCAACGCCUUGGUCGAUGUUCUUUAUGGCAAAGUCAACCCUGGAGGCAAGUCUCCUUUCACUUGGGGCAAAAAUCGUUCUGACUGGGGAGUUGAUGUCAUAUACGAGCCCAACAAUGGAGAUGGUGCUCCCCAGCAGGACUUCAAAGAGGGUAUCUUUAUUGAUUAUCGACACUUUGAUAAAUACAACAUUACUCCCACUUACGAGUUUGGCUAUGGUCUCAGCUAUACCACUUUCUCAUUCUCAAACCUCAAGGUGACUCCUCUGGCUGCUCCUCCAUACAAACCAGCCAGGGGCCAGAGCAGACCAGCACCUGUGCUAGGCAAGGUUCUGGACGCCACGGCCUACCUUUUCCCUAACUACAUUAAACGGAUUCAAGCAUUCAUUUACCCCUGGCUCAACACCACUGAUCUCAGGGCUGCCUCUGGGGAUCCAAAUUACGGCUGGCCUACUUCCAAGUAUGUGCCUGAUGGCGCUCAAGACGGAUCACCGCAACCAGUCAACCCCGCUGGUGGUGCUCCUGGUGGUAACCCUGGUCUAUACGACCCCGUUGCCGAAAUCAGUGUGACCAUCAAAAACACCGGAAGCGUCAAUGGUAUCGAAGUGCCCCAACUAUAUGUCUCUCUCGGUGGUCCCUCUGAUGCACCCAAGGUGCUUCGGAGUUUUGGCCGUAUUUCUCUCGACCCUGGCGGGGAGGCCCUGUGGACAACCGUUUUGACCCGACGAGAUGUGUCUAACUGGGACACUGUCAGCCAGAACUGGGUUGUCACAAAAUACCCCAAGACUGUUUAUGUUGGCAACUCAUCUCGCAACUUGCCUCUCCAGCAGACGUUGGCUCUCGACAUUAGAAAGUAG